AAUCUGAAAUGUCUACUUCCUCUUUUACUUAACCCUACCCUUAGUUUUGGCAGAUUAUUCACCAAAUAUUUCGUCGAAGUUGAGACACGUCUUGGUAAAAUCAGAGGUCAAGAGUCGAUAUUUCUCCAUAGACGGGUUCGCUCAUUUCUGAGUGUUCCUUUCGCUGAACCACCUAUUGGUGAACAACGGUUUCGGCCUCCGAAGCCGAAAAAACCAUGGAAUGAAACGAUCACAGCCAACACAUUGUCACCGGCCUGUUUUCAGGGUCGUGACAUGUAUAAUACCUCAUUUUGGGGGUCAGAAAUGUGGAAUCACAAUACGCCAGUCAGUGAAGAUUGUUUAUAUUUGAACAUUUGGACGCCUGCAGACGCUUACAAUCUUACUGUAAUGGUAUGGUUGUUCGGUGGAGGCUACUAUUCUGGCAGUCCUUCGCUGAUUCUCUACGAUGGCAAGGCACUAGCACUACUUGGUAAUGUAAUUGUGGUCAAUGUAAACUACCGAGUCGGUCCAUUCGGCUAUCUAUAUAUGGACCACGAUGAAGCCCCUGGAAACGUCGGAAUGCUUGAUCAGCAGCUGGCCCUGUACUGGAUUCGAGACAACAUUUUCAAUUUUGGCGGAAAUCCAAGUCGAAUUACGUUGUUUGGUGAAAGUGCUGGAGCUGCCAGCAUAGUAGCUCAUCUAAUUGCUCCAGGAUCAGAGAACUUGUUCAAAAAUGGUAUUUUACAAUCUGGCAGUUUGGACAAUAAAUGGUCGAUGGACAGUCCGACUAGGGCGUUAGAUAAAAGCCUACAAUUAGCCAAUCUUGUCGGUUGCAAUCGAACGGAGAUGAAAGACACAAUCGCUUGCCUUCGGGUGACACCUGCGCAGGUACUCAUCGAUAACAUCUGGAAUCUCGACCUGCAUUUUCUCGAAUUCCCAUUUGUCAUUGUAUCGAGGGACAAAAAUUUCUUCCGGCAUAAAGACGGAUUCAUUUCUUUGCGAAAUGGUCACUACGCUCAUCACGUGAAUUUGAUGUUUGGCAUCAAUCACGACGAAGGAAACUUCUGGAAUAUCUACAACUUGGGAAAUUACUUUGACAAAGCUGAACAGCCAGAAUUGAAUCGAGAUGAAUUUCAUGACUGUGUGGAACGAGCUUUUGCUUUCCAACCAGAACUUGUGCGUAGCGCAGCUAAGCACGUCUACUCCGAUCCAAACUGUACUGAUCCUACCAAACGGACCCAGUUCUACGCCGAACAGGUGAAUCAGAUGGUCGGCGACUACUUCUUUACAUGUGACAGCAUUUGGUUAGCCGAUCAAUUUCGUCAGAAUGUAGAACGGACUGGACAAGUUUAUAUUUAUUACUUCGAUCAACCGUCGAGUGCCAAUCCAUGGCCAAAAUGGACUGGUGUCAUGCAUGGCUACGAGAUUGAAUACGUGUUUGGAGUGCCGAUUUAUAAUGAAACUGCCAAAUAUACGAAACGUGAACAGAUCCUGUCGGAAAAGAUCAUUCAGUACUGGAGCUCCUUUGCCACAACCGGGGUUCCGCGACUGAGGGAUGCCAAGUCAACCGAUAUAUGGUGGAUGCUGCUUAAAGGCGGAUCCCACGUACGGCCGACACCGUCUCGGAAAAAGGUCGAGUGUGACUUAUGGAGGACAGCGAAAGAUAUGGAAUACAAUUCUUACAGUACGUUCCAAGCUGAGCUGUUGCUUUCCUCUGCCUUCAGAAUCUCGUUGUCAUCAGUUUUGCUUGUGCUGGUGCUGUCAUAG